AUGCUUCCAGAAGAGUGCGUGGCUCGUAUAGGCUACCAUGUGGUCAAUAUUGGUUCGCUUGAUGUAUCGGAGGUGGACAUUUUGGAGGCAAUUUCUGAUUUCGACAACUCGAAUAAGCCCGACAGUGAUGGCAUUUCUACCUUUCUGCUUCGCAACUGUGAUCUUGCUUUUUGUGAGCCUCUUAAAAUUCUGCUCAAAAAUUCUUUGGUAACGGGUCGACCCAUUGCCAAACUCAGCAAUGUCUCAAAACUUCCUGAGCGAAUCAUUGCCAAAAAGGUAUCUUUCCUCAUGAAGUCGUACAUAAGCCCAAAUCAGCAUGGUUUUAUGCCGGGUAGAUCAACGGCCACUAAUUUGGUAGCCUUCAGUAAUUUUUGCACACAUGCCUUUGAAAGGCAUUCUCAGGUCGAUGUAACUUACACUGACUUUGCUAAGGCUUUUGACAAAGUCUCCCACUGUGCCUUAGAAGCCAAGCUGCAUCGGUUGGGGAUUCAUUCGAGCAUGCUUUGUUGGUUCAUGUCGUAUCUGGAGCAGCGAGAGUAUGUUGUGUUGGUAAACGGAAAGCAGUCGGACCCAUAUUUGGCUACUUCCGGCCCCGGAGGCUUUGCCGCUAAAGCAGCCAAGCCCAUUUGCUUAGCUGAUGACAAAACUUCCGUCUAUCAAAACUUUAAGCGACAGUAUCCGUCUUAA